ACUUCUGUUACUCUGACCAUCUUCCAGCAAGGGCCCAGGGAUCAUCCUGAUAUUGUUGAUUCAUUUAUGCAACUCCAAGCUCAGGCCCUCAAACGGAAGCCUGAUUUAUUCUUAUCAGAGAGUCUUGAUGUGAAAGCCGUGUUUCACUGUGGAGUGCUGUCACUGAAAUUCCCAGAAGCCCCGACAGUCAAAUCGACCUGCUUUUUCUUUACGGAGCUAAUAGCGCACUGUGCAGACGUUCCUCGUGUUGGUCAGGUCGUGCAGGAAGAUGGUAAACUCCUCCUGCUGGCUGUUCUGGAGGCCAUCGGCGGUCAGUCGUCCCGCAGUCUGAUGGAUCAGUUUGCAGAGGUGCUCUUCUGUCUGAACAAGCAUUGCUUCGCUCUGCUGACGGUGUGGCUCAAAGAAGCUCUGCGCUCACCGGGCUUCCCAUCCUCACGCGUCUCUGACGAGCAGAAAGACACGUUCAGCCAACAGGUGCUCAGGGAGCGAGUGAACAAGCGCCGAGUGAAAGACAUUGUGAAGGAGUUUACCUUGGUGUGCCGUGGCCUUCAUGGAACCGAAUACGCCGCGGACUACUGAGCAGCCGCUCAUACGGACACAGAGUGAGAGGAAACCCAAGAAGUUCAUCUCCUGAUGUGAAUGACCAGUGUCAGAACUGACCGUCUGAGAGUCGGGAUCUUCCUCCACCUCGUCCUUCUCGCUCUUUCUCUUUCAGCCACUGUCUCAUUGGAUUUUGGGGUCUCCGUAGGGCGAUCCGAUCCCCCCCCCGCAUCUCACGGCAUGUUCGCUGGAAACCGUUCUUUGAUUCUCCCACGUUCGAUCUUCCGUGGCUCUUGGGCUGUUUUCCUUGUGAUAAUUUGCAUCCGUUUGAACAAAGAAAUAGUGUUAGUUUAAUGUUUUUUAAUUUUAUUUUGGAGAUACUGAAAUAAAAAGCAUAUAUAUACACAUAUAUAUAUUUAAAUAUAUAUAAAUGCACAUAAUAAUCUAGUAAACUGUGGGGUGACGAGUCCGUGUGCUGCUAACAGAGAGAGGGACCAAUACAGACUGAUUUUUCUCUGUGGCUUUAUAUCUAUCCACUAUAUCUCUCUGUCUGUUUAACCCCUUACGCUCGGUUCUGCCAAAAAAUUUUGUUGACGUUUUUUUUAUAAAAUGAUUAUUAUGAAGGUCAGCAGCAUAUUUGGUGACUUGUAGAGACCGGGUGUUACACAACGAAUAAGAGAGAGAUCGAUGCACUAAGAUGAAUUAAUUGUCAUCAUUUACCCACCAUCAUGACGUUCAUAACCUGCACAUUUUUCUUUAGAAAUUCUUCUUUGUGUUUCACUGAAGGAAUAGAGUUGUACAGGUGUAGAUUGACAUGAGAUUCAUUUUUGGUUAAACUGUCCUUUUAAUGUCAGUAGGUGCAUGCACACACAUCAUGGUACCAUUAAAAAUUUGAAGUGCUUUUAAAACGAGUUAUUAAAGGAAGAGUUCACCCAAGAUUUCUGAAUUUCUGCUCACUCUCAGACCUUCCAAAAUGUAGAUGAGUUGGAGUCUUCAUAGGAAAAGAUUUGGAGAAAUGUAGCAUUCCUUCACUUGGUCACCAAUGGAUCCUCUGCAGUGAAUGGGUGCCGUCAGAAUGAGAGUCUGAUAAAAACAUCACAAUAAUCCACGCCACUCCAGUCCAUUAAUUCUAGUCUCGUGAAGUGAAAAGGAUUAUUGUGAUGCUUUUAUCAGCUGUUUAGACUCUCAUUCUGACGGGACCCAUUCAGCAUCCAUUGGUGAACACGUGAUGGAAUGCUACAUUUCUCCAAAUCUGUUCUUAUGAAAAAAACAAACUCUCGUACAUCUUUGAUGGCUUGAAUAAAUGUAUCAGAUUGUAAUUUUAAGGCAAAUAAUCCCUUUAAACAAAUACUGCAUGUCUCUCUCUCUCUUUUUCGUUUCCCGCCCAGUUGCUUGCCGACAUGUAGCAUGUGUGUUACAUUACAUACGGGCCCAGAAUGUGUCAUAAUCGGUGGACGAGGGCUGUUCUAUCGUGUUUGUUUACUAGCGAAUCACAGAGUGAGAACAAAGGGAGAGACAGAGGAGGCAGAUGUACAUUAGGUUUUUUGUUUUCUUUUUGUAUCUGGUUUUAAUUUAUUAAAUACAUCUGAGAUGGCA